AUGGGCUGCGGGCACAGCAAAUCAUAUGCACGCGAGUCUGAGUCAGCGCCGGCGCCGACCAUUCACCAACGGCUGACGAUUGCUGCCGAGGAGAGCGUGAAGCUCAUCGACCCUCGCAAAUCGAGCGCUGUCCCGCUCCUAUUAAGUCUCCAGUCAGAGCCACUCGCCGACGCGAUGGUUCGACGCUCGUCCGUCACCCGCAGAUCGGCCGUCUCCCCGCCUCCGGUGGAGCGCUCGCCGUACGAGCUCGACGAGCAGGUCACAGCGGACGGCCGACACUGCUGGAGCGCCAUCGCACCGAACGGCUUUGAGAUCCGCGGCGAGAACUACCUUCGCGACCGGAAGAAGGUCCCGUCCGCGUGCGGCUCGCAGCUCUUGGCUGUGGAGCUCUUUCGAGCAAAGACUUUUUUUGCCAACGUGGCUGGCCGUCCCGGCGCCCCGACCUCGACGCUCCACGAGCGCUGCGAGUCGCCUCUCUCGAGGAUCGUGGUGGUCGUGGUCGUCAUCCCGACGGGGAAGUGGGUCGUGCACCUCGCCAUGUACUUUGGCGUGCUGGAGACGCUGGAGGAGGAGUCGCCGGCCGCAGCCGCGCUCCUGGAGCGGUUCGCGCACGCAGCCGACGACUUCCGCAACGACCGCUUCAAGCUCAUCCCGAGGCUCGUGCGGGCGCCCCUGACGCUGCGUCUCGCAUGCCCGUCGCGUCCCGCCAUCACGGCCAAGGGUGGCCGGGGCGUGCCGCAGCGCUACUUUUCUACGCCAGAGUACGUGGAGGUCGACAUGGACAUCAGCAAGGAGGCCAUCGCCAACCGCGUGCUCGGGUUGGUGCGGCCGGUCUCCAAGCUGAUUGUGGCGGACCUCGCCUUUGUGCUAGAGGGGCAGCGGCAAGAGGAGCUGCCGGAGGUGGUGCUCGGCGCGGCGCGGCUGUACAACCUCGACCUGUCCGAGGCCGCCGUGCCGCUGCUGGAGGAGGCGUAG